AUUUAACCAUGCGGGGGAGUUUUUUCUAAAACAGAAAGUGUUUCAGACCUGGUUCAGUAUCCAGACACCAGGGAUAGAACCACCAACUUUCUGGUCAUUGGACAACCCGCUCUUCCUCCUGAGCCACAGCUGCUCCCCUGACAGAUUUCUGACAAUCCCAGAAUUAAUCUGAGGUUUUCCUCACGGAGGCAGCAGCUCAAACUGAGGAUUUAGUGUAAAGUUUACACUGAGUGAAGCUUUAACUGGAUUUUCACAAGCAUAAUAUCAUGUCAAGCUUUUUCCUCAUUUCAAUCUUAAAGACAUAAACUCACAGUAUGUGUUGGAUGGACAUAAAAGAUAGGUUAAGAUUGUGAGAUCUAGCUUUUUGUGUCUGUGCUUGUGGACACUUGACGUAAGAGGUUGGACAAAAGUGGAUCCAGUUGAUGUUGGAGGGUCAGAGGACUGUGGAGCGGCGCCAGGAUCCAGCAGCAGAGCGGCCAACAAACCUCAGGCCCCGUCAGAAGCUGCUCUCAUGGAGGCUGGACUCGUUUAUCAUCGCAGAUAAAAGUUCAAGACGGAGCUUCAUCUCUAACUUUGACUCAGAGUUGUCCCGGAUGGUGGAUCGCGCUGUUUUCUUCGCGCACUGACGCCUCCAUCGGAUUUUACGCACAAGUCGCUGCAGAGAAGCAACAGGGAAACACUCUCGAUGGCAUUUUCUCACCGUAACCAGAGAGCAGCAGGUGUGAAACUACCAAUGCGGUAAUAUUUUCUGUUUCUAAGGGAAUUAUUUCUCCUGGCGACGCUGUGGUGCUGAGAUGUUUCCCUGGCGGUGCGCCCGUACCUCGGUUUCCGCGCCAGGACUGUGGACCUUUCGCCUGCCGCUGGUUUCACACGUCUCGCUGGAUUAUAACACAGGACUCUGACCUCCACUCAUCAAUACAGCUCACUGGUGUCUGGAGACCUGUCGUCUUCAAGGAGAGCCGAGCAGGAACCUUCCUCUGUGGGUUUUUAGCGCCAAAGAAGCGCACAAGCGAUGGCGCGUCUGCUCCGCGUCCUGCUGCUGCUGCUGCUGCUGCACUUGUCGGUGCUGCAGCUGUGUCGGGCGGCUGCAGCGGCGGGUCGGGUGCGGAAGAAGGCCUCCAGACCCCGGGCGUGCAUGGACCUGCCGGAGGAGAUCCUGGAGCAGAUGUUCGGGCGGCUCUCGGUCGGAGUGAUGAGCGCCUUCCAUCACGCGCUGCAGCUGGAGCCGCAGGACAAACUGAACCGGAGCUGCCCGAGCACCGCGCCACGGGCCCCGGCCGAGAGCAAGACCCGCCUCCCGGUCAACCUGCUCAGCAUCUCCCCCUGGGCCUACAGGAUCUCGUACGACCCCGCCAGGUACCCCCGCUACAUCCCUGAGGCCUACUGCCUGUGUAAGGGCUGCCUGAUGGGAGAGGAGAGCCACCGGUUCCGCAGCGUCCCGGUCUACGCUCCCACCGUCAUCCUGAGGAGAACUGGCUCCUGUGUCGGAGGCCGCCACUCCUACACCGAGAUCUACGUGUCUGUGGCCGUGGGCUGCACCUGUGUGCCGCUGCUGCAGAAGAAGAGGGACAGACACAGCAGCAACCAGAGCCUGGAGAGAGCAGAGCCCAAAGCCAGGAGACCUCUGGUGUCUGCAGGGAAGAAAGUGUGAAGGAAGCAGCUUCUGCACCUCCUCCACAUCUGUCACUAGAUUCACAGCCGACCAGUGCAACUUCAGUCUACAAACAUUGUCCUUGCAGACUCUAAUUCACUAAAGACAGUGACAGAAAACAAAGAACAGGUUUUGUGACCUUUGACCACCAAAAUCUAAUCAAUUCAUCUUUGACUCCAAGUGAACGUUUGUUCUAAGAAAACCCCAUGAGUUGUUUCUGAGACGUUGCGUUCGCAAGACCAAUAUGUGUUUGAACCCUCGACCAUCGCAAACUGGAUGUCUGAAGACAAUCCAUCUGAGAUAUCAUGUUCACAAGAAUGGUACGAACGAAAACACCCAAUAAAUAAAUG